AUGGUGCUCACCCGGUCUCCUACCCGGAAAGAGGCGACCACCCGGCCUCCCCCUGCACCCCCCACGCCCCCUCCACCUUCUUCUCCACCUUUACCGAGCCAUUCUAGGGCCUUUUUAACAUCGGCUGGCCCCUCCGACCAAGCGAACGUGUCGCCUACCAGCGGAAUCGGUGCUCUGCUCACCCCUAACGUGGACCUUCAGGUGUCUUCCGACUCCGAAAUGCCCCGGCUGCAGUACGCGUCGGACAGCGAGUCAGUUAGCGGCUCACAAAUCAGCGCCAUAAGCAUGAGCGACACCCCUCAACUAUCUACCCCUCAAAUAUCCACCAAAACUGCACCAACCUCUAAACCGACUACUGGCAAAUCGAGUAAGUCCGCCAAUAGUAACAUGGUCAUAGAGUUGCCGGCUCACUCUGAGGAGGUGAAAGGCAUAGACUCGUUCAUGACCGUGAUAACGAAACUGACUUACACGAUCAAUAAAGCCGUAAACGAGGGAAAGAGCGUAACUGCAUCCAAUAAACGGCUCAUCUCCACGGCAGCGCAAGAGAUCCAAAGAGCUGCGCAGGCGCUGGCAAGGGUCAAUGAGGCCGAGCCGAAGACUGCGCCUCCUCCUCCAGCUUCAGAGAUCCUCCCGGAUCAGAGCUCUAUUGUCUCGGUUAUUCGGGAGAGCAUCCGCGAGGAGCUGAAGGCCAUGUUGCCGGCUCCAGCGCCCUCUCCACCGGCGCUCACUAAAUCUUUUGCCGCGGCCGUGGCGGCGCCUUCCCCAAAACGCAUCCCUCCUCCUUCGCGCACCCUACCAUCAAUAAUAGUCAAAGCUAAAGAAGCCAACGACAAACAGACAGUAGUAUACGACGAGUGGAGGAAACACAUCUCGUUUCGCCACUCAACUUUUGCCCCCAACAAGGUUAAAUCUCUGCGCCAGAACAUGAUAAAGGUCGAAUUCGACACAAACGAACAGCGCGAUGAAGUCCUACAUAAAGUUAAUAGUAUACCCGGAAUUGUAGCGGAAGAGUCCAAACUGCGGCGCCCUCUCAUCAUCCUGAAGGGAGUCAGCAAGGAGGUACAGAGGGAGGAAUUGGUGGAAGUGGUAAGCCACCAAAACCAAAUCCCACCCGAGGACGUCCGCCUUUGCUUUCUCCUCAAAAACCGCAACGAUCGUUUUUACAAUGCAGUGCUAGAAGUGGCCCCGGCAAUCCGACGUAGGUUGGUUGAGGGGGGGCGUGCGAACGUGGAGCAUCAGCGGGUGCACGUGGCGGACUUCAGCCGCUUUGUGCAAUGUUAUAAGUGCCUGCAGUUCGGGCACACGAACAGCAAAUGCACCGCCGAGUUCUACCCGUGCGCCCACUGCGGCUCCACUGCACACCACAUCAACGCGUGCCCCGACCGCGCCGACCCAAACAAAAAAUGUUGCUAUAACUGCAAGUCCUGCAACCUUCAGCGCUCAUAUGUGUCACAGCAGGAGUUCUUUAGGCAUUUCCACCUAAACUCCUACGAUGUUGCUCUUAUCUCUGAACCGUAUGUUGGUACUUCCCUGGAGGUAAAACCCCCUCCGGGCAUCACAAUCUAUCAGUUUCCAAAAGGAUCACGUGUUAAAGCGUGUAUCGCUACCACAUCAAAAGUGGCAGCUCUCGGACUCACGCAGCUAUCCACUGCAAACUUGGUCGUCAUUAGAAUCAGUCUGGGACUCAACAAUUUGGAAAUUGCGUCUUUCUAUGUCGAACCUAACGUGGACAACGAUAACACCCUAGAUAAGUUGGACCGGUUCCUUAGUACAGCAGGCUCCGCCUGGAGACUGGUCGGCGGCGAUGCUAAUGGCAGUCACCAGGAGUGGGGCGAAAGAUCAGCGAACUCUCGCGGGGAGGAUCUCGUAGCGGUAAUGGCAUCGUACAACAUGUCCGUUUGCAACGUGGGUCACGACCCCACUUUUGAGGCCAUUCGGCACGGCGCUCAUUGUUCGUCUAUAGUCGACGUUACCUACGCGUCUCAAAGCCUGGCAGAUGCAGUACACAGUUGGGGAGUUAAUCGCGACGCUUGCCCGUCCUCGGACCACAAUGCAGUCGAAUAUGAACUAUUCACCCAGUCCAGACCCGAUAAGCCGAAAAGCUCUACCACCUUCAAAUUCUCGACUUAUCGAGCCGACUGGAGCAAGUUCCACGAUAAACUCAAUGAGAGAUUGGAGCCGCUGGUCAAUUCGACUGAUUUCAGCUCCCUCACCGACACUGGCCUGGAUCGUGUGGUAGACCGUCUCACCUCAAUUGUGCAGGACGUUUGCUACAGCGUGCUUCCCCGCAAACCGGGUUCCAAGUUUUAUAACCCGUGGUGGUCCGACGCUUUAGAAAAGCAGAAAAAAGAGUGCAUAAAACUUCACCAUCGCCUUCAUGACCUCAAGAAAUCAAAGAGACCUCUAGAUGAGGUUAUCAAAUUAUACCGAGAAGCAAAACAGGAGUACGCUCGGACUUUGUCCAAAACAUCUACAGAGCACUUCCGACAGUUUUGCGAGUCCCAAGGCAAAGAGGACGUUUGGGCCGUGACCAACCGAAUAAUCAAGGAAUCUCCGUUGAGAAGACCUCCACAAACUCUCAAAUGUGACGGGAGGUUCACUGACAGUGGCCUCAAUACAGCCUCCGCGCUCCUGAAACAUUUCUACCCAGAUGACACCCCCGAUUGCUCGGACCAACAUAAAGAAAUGCGCGCUACUAUGAAUGACCUACCUAGCGUAGAGGAAGACCUACCUUUCUCUGUAGCGGAAAUUAGGGAGUGCUUCUCUCACAUCAGUCCGAAAAAGGCUCCUGGAGCCGAUCACUUGACGGCGGACAUCUGCUCCGCAGCAUUCGAAGCACAACCUGAGUUCUUUACAGCUCUCUACAAUAAGUGCCUGCAGACUGGUCACUUCCCGAAGUCCUGGAAGAGAGCCGUGGUCAAAAUUCUGCCUAAACCCGGGAAAACAGACAUGGAUUCACUCAACUCCUAUAGACCCAUCGGCUUGAUUUGUGUGUUUGGGAAGAUAUUGGAGAAGCUUAUCGUGAAGAGGAUAAUGUACAAGGCUGAAUGUGAAAACUCUUUAAGCGACAGACAGUACGGCUUCAGAGAGCAGGUCUCUACGACGGACGCUCUUGAUAAGGCCUUAGAAGUCGUAAAGAGAGCCAAAUCCAAGGGUCAACAGGUAGUUGCCGUUUCACUCGAUAUAAAAGCGGCCUUUGAUAACGCUUGGUGGCCGGCUCUAUUCGCUCGCCUCAAACACAUAAAAUGUCCUAGCAAUAUUUACCGCCUCGUCCUGGAUUACGUUUCGGACAGGACCGUCACACUGGACUACGCCAACAGCACUGCGUCAAAGACAAUGACAAAAGGCUGUGUGCAGGGCUCUGCUUGUGGCCCGGUCUUCUGGAACUUAAUCCUGGACGAGCUUCUCACCCUGCCUCUGCCUAAGGGCGCUCACAUACAGGCAUUCGCGGACGACGUACUGCUGGUAGUUGAGGGAGCAGAACGGAAGGAUGUUGAAGCCACCACCUCCAUCUGCCUUGAUGAUAUUAAUUCCUGGGGAGAACGCGUCAAGCUCAACCACAAAAAUAUUCAAAAUAUUCUCAACAAAGCCACAAAAAUAUUCAAAAACAUCUGCAAAUUUGUCCGACCAACUUGGGGAGUUCACCCCGAGAAUGUCGAGUGUAUCUACCGACAAGUCAUCGUCCCAAUAAUCACAUAUGCAGCAGGCAUCUGGGGCUCGGCUACCAAAUUCUACUCCGUGCGUCGAGCCCUCAGAUCCUUCCAAAGGAGCUUUGCCAUCAGGGCAAUCCGCGGCUUCCACACCAUCUCGGCGGUCGCAGCCCUGGCUAUAGCUCAAUUCCCCCCACUCCAUCUUGUAAUAGACGAGUCUCUCGAAAUUCACAAGACCAAAAAGACAGGAAUAUGCCAGGAGUUACCGGAUGACAUAGCACUGUACUCAAAGACCAAAGUAAGAGGCCUUCUACACCCGGCCAAACGAGUCACCAUUACCUAUGACGAAGCCACAACGCAAGAGGACACCACUGCACUUAUUAAUCCUGAUGCCCCCAAUAUUUUCACCGACGGCAGUAAAAAGGAAGACGGGCAAGCGGGGGCUUCGUUUGUGGUAAUGAUGGAAGGACAGCGACCCGUAAUAAAGAAAUUUAAAUUGUGCCGCACCGCCUCAGUAUUUAUGUGCGAGCUAUUCGCCAUAGCAGAAGCCCUCAAGUGGCUUACAAACGCAAAUACUCAUUUCACUGAAGCUCUUAUCUUCUCCGAUUCUCAAUCAUCCCUCAAGGCCAUCCAAGAUCGCAGCAAUACCGACCCACUAGUAAAUCGAAUCCACCACCUCAUCUCCUUCCUUUCAUCCAUCAAUACAACUGUUAAAUUCGUCUGGUCCAAGGCUCAUGUUGGCAUAGUGGGAAAUGAGAUAGCAGAUGUCGCGGCUAAGGAGGCUGCAGAGAAGAAAACCGCAACUCUGCUAAAUCAUUUCCCGCUCUCACACGCCAAGCGACUCCUGCGCCAGCGCACUUUGGACGCUUGGCAAUGCGAAUAUGAGUCGGCCCCACAAGGGUCUGUAACAAAAUCUUUCUUUAAAUCCAUCUCUUCAAUAGCCCAAUUCCGAAAGUAUGUCAAACUCUCGUUCCCUAUCACUCAAAUUUUAACAGGACACGGGUAUCACAAGUCAUACCUACACAAAUAUAAAAUCACUGAGGAUGAUCGUUGUCCUUGCGACGACGUGACUCCUCAGGACGUUCACCACCUCCUCGAAUCCUGCCCUAUAUUCCACAAUAAGCGUGAAAAAUAUACAAUGAUAUGCCUUAAAAAUAACCUAGAACCAUUUAAUUUGAACUUGUUAUCCAAAUCCGAAGAAGCCACAAAAUACUUAUUAGAACUUAUAAACAGCAUAGUAACACACCUAAAGCAGAUCAAUGGCACAUAA